CACACAAAACAAGAAGCGACAUUUAUGUACCGUUCUGUAUUGGAGGAAACGGUGCGGAGGAAGAGGAGCGCAGUCGGGGCCCGCUUCGGUUCUCUUCGGUUCCGUCGUGUUCGGAGACAGGAAACCAAGCGAGCGAGCGGGAUGUGUUUUGGUGGCCUGGCUUGUUGACCAUCUCCCGACUGUCGGCCGGGUCUUUGUCGGCUUUCGAACAAUGGACCCUCAUGUUUGUGACGACGAGACGGACUACGAGGACGAAGAAGUCGACCCCCGCAUCCAGGGCGAGCUGGAGAGACUCAACCAGUCGUCAGGCGACAUCAACCGAUGCGAGACGGCCAUGGAGGACGCCAGGCAGAAGUUCCGCUCGGUCCUGGUGGAGGCCACCGUCAAGCUGGACGAGCAGCUCAACAAGAUCGGGAAGCCCGUGGACGAGUCCAAGCCGUACUGGGAGGCUCGGCGUCUGGCCCGGCAGGCCCAGCUGGAGGCCCAGAAGGCCACGCAGAACUUCCAGCGAUCCUCCGAGUUCCUGCGCGCCGCCAAGGAGACCAUCUCGCUGGCCGAGCAGCGCCUCCUGCAUGAGGACCGCCGGCAGUUUGACUCGGCCUGGCAGGAGAUGCUCAACCACGCCACGCAGCAGGUGAUGGAGGCGGAGCUCGAGAAGGCCCGAAGCGAGGUGACGCACAAGGAGACGGCGGCCAAUCACACGGCGGCCAACGCUCGCCUGAAGCAGCUGGAGAAGAAACUCAAACGCACCAUCAACAAGUCAAAGCCUUACUUUGAGAUGAAGGCCAGGUUCUACCUGCAGCUGGAGAACUUGAAGAAGACGGUGGACGAGCGUCAGGCCGAGCUGUCACAAGCCAAGGCCGAGUACAAGGCGGCCCUCGGGAACCUGGAGGCCAUCUCGGACGAGAUCCACGAGCGGCGCCGCAGCUCGGUCAUGGGCCCGCGGGGACGGGGCGUCGGCGCGGAGGGCGACGGCCUUGGCGGUGCCGGGGACCAAUCGUCCGAUGGCAUUUCCGUGAUGUCGGUGUGUUUCGACGACGAUGCGUGCGGCGUUGGCAGCGUGGCAUCCGAGGAAGACUCUGAGACGCGUUCCACGUGCAGUCUCGGUUCUUCUCCCAGCAGCCCGCAGGAGUUCCGGUCGCCGUGUUCCUUCGCCACCUCCUCCUCUCCCUACUGCGCCUCCUCCUCCUCCGCCUGUCCGUCACCGACUCCGUCCUCCUCCUCUUCCUCCUCCUCGCCUCCCUCCAGGCCUUGCAGCCUGGACCUGCCCGGCUCCGUCUCCCUGUCGGACUUCGGCCUCAUCUCGCCCGUGCUGGGCCCUCGCAGCGAGUGCAGCGGGGCUUCGUCGCCCGAGUGCGACCUGGAGAGAGGCGAGCGGGCGGAAGGUGCCGAGGUGAUGCUGGACAACGGGCCGGCCGCCAUCAGCAACAACCAGAACAACAACGGCCGUGUGACGGCCGCCACCAAGAGCGGCUUCAACCUGGAGGCUCGCUUCAGCUUCCUCAACCUGCGACGCCAACGCAGCGACGCCAACAACACGGACAACUUUUCCCAGAAGGCCGUAGUGGUCAAAGGACUGUGAGGAACCACCACAAGAACAUUUGGAUCGCGUCGUCAUCUUUUACACUCCAUCCACGAAUGACUUGAACUUUUUGGCUGAAGUUUGACUCUCAAUGAAGGAGACUGGUAUAAACAGUACCAUACUUUUGGUCUAUUCCUCUUCAAUAGAACUGAAAUGGAAACAAACCUCUUCCUGAUUCACUUUAGUAUCUCUUCGUCCUUGUUGAUUCAUUCCACUUCGAUGGAAGGUGACAGCGAGCUUAAUGACGUGUUAGUGAAGGUGUCACGUGUGGGAAUGUUGAAUAAAGAAAAUGUUGCACUGUUGAA